AUGUUGGACUUGGAUGCGCUGAUGUGGCGGCUUGGGGCCAUGAAACUUCCCCGGGAGUUCGACUACUUGGAGUUCUAUGCAGGGGCCGCCAAUCUUUCCAAAUGCAUGGCAAGUGCUCAUUAUAAUACCCGAAGCUUUGAUGUCCUCUACCAUGAGCAACCACCUACAAGAAAGAGUAAUUUUAUGAACUUGUGUCACGCAUCUGGCUUUGGGUUGGCCUUACUAUGUAUUUUGAGAUGUCGAGCGAAUGAUUUUGCCAUUCACCUGGGACUUAAAUGCAGCUCACUUUGCAAGAUGAACCGUGGUACGAGUCGAAGAUCAGCAUGCGCAUCGGUUGGAUACACAGAUUACCCAUCUGUAGCUGUUGCCAAUACUUUGAUCGAAAGGAGCAGUCUCAUGGUGGCACUGACGGCAUGCCUUGGAGGGCUUUGGACUGUAGAGCAACCGGGAGGUUCCCUCCUGGAAUUCUAUCCCUCUUGGAGGGAAAUAAUGAGCCGGUUGUUCGAACAUGGCGGUGCCAACUGCGUGACUCCACUGUUUUGA